ACAUUUUUACAAUGGACAAAUUUGUUUGCAAUUUGUUGGAGGAAUGUGGACUGGAGGAGUUCAAGGACGCUUUCUUAGAUGAUGAAGUGACAACAGCUGCUCUGCUGGCACUCCCUUUCAUUUUGCCAUUGGGAACCAGAAAGACGGGCAAAGGCAGGACCACACGGGCUGUCCUUGAUGAUGCAAGGCGAGCUUUCAUUGAUUUGAAACCAGUGGGCACCAACAUUCCACACUACCUAGAAAAUCUACAGCAGAAUCAGCCAUUUGCCCUUAUGUUUGGUAGUGGGGCCACAUGUGAGCAGUCCUUCGUUGUGUUUGAAAGACAGGCUGCACAGUGUAAAUCUGUCUUGCACGCAGUUGAGAUGGUGGUAAAGGCAACGUACGUCCUUUGGUGUGACUUUCCAUGGGAGCUGUCUCAUGUAUUUCAAUUCCUUGUUGAGACAGUCUACAAGAUUGAUACAGGGAAGCCUCCAUCAGCUGCGAGCAGGACAAUGCGAGCUUUUCUAUUAAAUAGUGAGCAUUGAAAGGUUUAGGAUUAACCGGGGACUGUAGCCCUUUUGUAAAUCAUACUUUUAACUAUGUGAAAUAUCACUUUGACAGGAAAGGAAAUGUUAUUUUAGAGCUAUCCUAAAAAUUAUAUGCAAUUCUGGUCCCCUUUUCUUGACUUUUAGAGCAAAAAUAAUAAUAAAUGUUACGGCAGGAUUAUAUCAGUUUAAUCAUCUUGACAAGCCCCACUGCACUACUUGUAGCUACUUGCUCCCUCUAUAUAGAAAACAAUGCCUAAGCGGUGCAUGUU